UGGUAAGUUAUAUAUAUUUAAAAACGUAUUACAUGGUAGGUACAGAUAGCAAAUCGAUAUUGUGUUUUUCUAAACAAUUAUGGUGGGUGUGUACUUACUUAGGAAGAUAGUGUUGCUGACUGUACUCACAGGUUCGAUUUUGGCCAAACAUGAACAGUAUAAAGGGUGGAAAUCUUACUUCAUAGUGGCAACAACGAAUGUACAAGUGCAAAAAUUGUACGAAGUAGUUGAAAAUUUAGAUCUAGAUUUUUUAGGUCCUAUCCUUCUAGACCGAGAGGCUGUGGUUUUAGUACAACCUAAAUAUAAUGCUGGAUUUAUGGAUAUUGCUAAGAAGCUGGGAAUCAAAUACUGGACUCACGUUGCUGAUGUUAAAAAGGCUCUAGAUCACGAUGAUGAAGUGAUGGAUGAUUGGUGCGCUGGCAGAACCAAUCAUUACCCGUACAAUAGCUACCAACCGUUGAAUGCUAUCUACGACUACAUGGCUUACAUAGAAAAUAAAUACUCAAAGACAGUUAGAAUGAGAAUUCCAAAGGUUUCAUUCGAAAAACGACCCAUUCGUUAUUUGAAGAUAUCUACCACGAACUUCUUGGAUGAAAGUAAACCAGUAAUCUUCAUUAGUGGUGGCAUCCACGCUAGAGAAUGGAUUUCUCCGGCUACCAUAGUUUAUGCUAUCAGGAAAUUGACUGAGGACGUUACGGAACCUGAUCUCCUCAAUAACUUCGACUGGAUCCUCCUGCCAGUCCUCAACCCUGAUGGGUAUGAGUUCACGUUUAUUCAUGAUCGUUUUUGGAGAAAAAAUCGUUCCGUAAAUUCGUACCACAACAAGCGUUGUCCAGGAGUCGAUGGGAAUCGCAACUAUGGUAUCUUAUGGAGAACUGUUGGUACCAGUAACAACCCUUGUUCUGAAAUCUAUGGAGGGAAUAAAGCGUUCUCUGAGAUGGAAACUCAAGUAGUUCGAGAUGUAUUCAGAGAGUACAUCAAUCGUGUGGAUCUUUAUAUCGAUAUGCACAGCUAUGGGAGCAUGGUCCUCUACUCCUGGGCUCAUGAUGGUUCCUCAUCCAACUACAGUCAAGUACUUCAUUCCGUUGGUGUUGCCAUGGCCCAAGCAAUGGACUAUUAUACCUUGGCCAACUUUCCUCGCUAUACCGUCGGCAAUUCUGCCAAGAUACUUAACUACAAAGCAUCAGGAACUGCUAAAGACUACGCUCAUUUCUUAGGAGUGCCUUUAUCUUAUGCUAUAGAGUUACCUGGACUUUCAAAUGGUACACAAGGAUUCCAUCUAGAACCGAAAUUCAUCGAGAGCAUUGGUAAAGCGACUUGGGCAGGCAUCGCCGUUGGUGCUCAAAGAGCAAAGAAAUUUAGAAGUGGAUUAAAAUUAAGAUAAAAUAUUUAUGCUGAUAUCUUUUUUAAAUGAUUGAUGGUGUAAUAAAUGUACUUUAUUUGUGGA